AUGCCGGUCUGGAGUUUUAAAUACUCUCAAGGUGCCUUAUCUAAGCAGGACAAGGUGGGUUUGGCGAAAGAGAUCACCCAACUAUACUCCAGCAAGGGCUUGCCAGCCUUCUAUGUCAAUGUUCAAUUCUUCGAAAUGGGCUCAAAUGACAUGCUCGUUGGUGGAGAGUAUCGGUCAAACUUUGUCAAUCUCAGUAUUGUGCACAUCGCUCGCACCUUCAAGACUGAAACCGACAGGUUGGACUUCUUGAAGCAGAUUGACCUGAUCCUUGAACGAUUCAAAACCAAGGGUCUGGAUUGGGAAUAUUUCAUCGUGGACGCUCCGCGCCAGCAAUGGAAGAUCAAUGGGAUGUAUCCUCCACUAGCCGGUUCCACCAAGGAGAAGGAAUGGGUGAGACUCAAUCGCCCUAUUCAGCAUGACAGGGCGCAUCUGCCAUCUCUUCUUUGA